GUGUGAGAGAGAGGUCUAGUGUCCUCUCCCCUGUGUGAGUGUGUCUGUGUGUGUGUACACGGGGGGAGUGAGUGGUCAGGGGCGCGGUUGGCAGAGGGUGCGGUCUCUGCAGAGUCGGAUCUGAGGGAACUCUCAGCGACUGUGACUGACUGCCGGAGCCAUUCAAGAGGUUCAGACCGGAGGUCCCACUCCGACUCUCUCUCUCUCUCUCUCCGCCCGGAGCUCAGGGGAGGGUGGGAAGACUGAUCAGCCAUAGAGCGCUGUCCCAGAGGGACUCUAUCUCUCAUUGAUCCCUCACUGAUCCCUCUCUCUCUUGUCACCUUCCUGCCUCACUUGUUCCUUUUCCAAUUACAGUCACUUUCUUGUCCCUUUCUGCUUCUCUGUCACUCUCUCACCUGCUCUGAGAUUCUCUCUCUCUCUCUCUGUGGAUCUGUCACUUGCUGUGUUGGUGAGUGAGCAGACAGAUUAACUCUCUGUCAGUCUCUGCCUUUGUCAGGGCUCUCCCUUCUCCAACCACCAGUGCAUGUUCCUGAGCCAUUCCACCCGCUCAAUUUUCACCUCCCCUGGUUCUCCCUCGCUCUCCCCUGUUUCUGUGACCCUCUCUUUCCUCUUGAAGCCUCUCCCCAUCUCUUCACCUCUCUAUUCUUGUUCCCUCUCCAUAUCCUCUUUAUUAAUCUUCCUCUCUCACCACCGCUCCUCUAACAUCACUCUCUUUCUAUCCUUUUAAUAUCACUCUCUUUUCUAUCCCUCUAUACCAUCCCUUUCUCUUUCUAUCCCUCUGUUAUCCCCCUUUCCACCCCUCUGUAUUACCGUUCUCUUUUCCACCUCUCUAAUAUCCCUCUCUCUCUCUCACCCUCUGCGCCAAAACCCCCCUCUGUUUCUCUCUGUGUCCCUAUCUCUCCAUCCUGCACACCCGGCCCUUCCUUGUAACUCUUCCUUCCUUGCCACUCGGAAUAUUCCCGCUGUCUUAUUGCUUUUGCCUGUGUUUCCAGCUCCAACCACGAGGGUAAAUCCCUCCCUUGCCCCUCUGCGGGGUUUCCCCCACCCCACCUUUAUGCGGUGACAGAGCCAGAGAGAGAGAGACAGAGGAGGCGGCUGGACCCGCUGCGCUCCCUGGGCAACACGGCUCCCCUGAAUGGGGCAGAGUCGGGGCUCCUGCUGCAGGGGGUUAACUGAGGUCCCCUUGCGUUGGUUUUAGGAGGUGUUGCCAAUAUCCCCCCCUGGAUCAAGGGGUAGGGGAGUUAGAAGGAGGAGGAUUGUAACUGAUAGUGCUGAUCUGACAGAGAGAGAGAGGGAGAGACCCGUGUACCAUGAGAGUUCACUGGAGCGUGUCCUUAGUCCUGGUUAGCGGCUGCUCUCUGCUGCUCUGGCCCGCCGUGAUGUCUUGCGGGCCGGGUCGGGGUUACGGGAGCAGGAGGAGACAGAACCGCAAACUCACGCCGCUCUCCUACAAACAAUUCAUCCCGAGCGUGCCCGAGAAAACGCUGGGAGCCAGCGGCAAGUCCGAGAGCAAGAUCACCAGGAAUGCGUCCCGUUUCAAGGAGCUAAUUCCCAACUACAACCCGGACAUCAUCUUCAAAGACGAGGAGAAAUCCGGUGCCGACAGACUGAUGACUCAGCGGUGUAAAGAUAAGCUGAAUGCUCUGGCGAUCUCUGUCAUGAACCAGUGGCCAGGGGUGAGGCUGAGAGUAACAGAAGGCUGGGAUGAAGACGGUCACCACUCUGUGGAAUCCUUGCAUUACGAGGGUCGAGCUGUGGAUAUCACCACCUCGGAUCGAGAUCGCUCCAAGUACGGGAUGCUGGCCCGUCUGGCAGUGGAAGCAGGAUUUGACUGGGUCUAUUAUGAAUCCAAGGCUCAUAUCCACUGUUCUGUCAAAUCAGAUCAUUCCAUGGCGGCAAAGACUGGUGGCUGCUUCCCUGGAAACGCCAGCGUCCUGAUGGAAGAUGGCAGGAGGAAGAGAGUGUCUGACCUCCAGCCUGGAGACCGUGUACAGACUGUGGAUCACGGAGGGAAUGUUGUUUUCAGCAGCUUCGUGACCUUCCUGGACCGGGACCCCAGGGCGGUGAAGGUGUUUCACCAGCUAGAGACCCUGGAGCCACCUCGCAGGCUGCUCCUGACGGCUGCCCACCUGGUGUUUGUGGCCGACAACUUCACAUCGGACCCGGGAAAGUUCAGAGCCACCUUCGCCAGCAACGUGAGGGUCGGCCAGUACUUGUACGUGGUGGGCCAUUCGGGCCAUCGGCCGGCGAGGGUGACCGGCAUCUCGAUGCGCGAACUCGAGGGCGCCUAUGCCCCUUUGACCCAGCACGGCACCCUGGUGGUGAACGGUGUAUUGGCAUCCUGUUUCGCGGCCAUUGAUGGGCAUGGACUAGCGCAUCUAGCCUUCGCCCCCCUACGCCUCUGCUACCAGUUGACCUCCAUCUUCGGUGGGGGCGCAUCGCGGCAGGAGGGCGUGCAUUGGUACUCCUGGCUCCUGUACCAACUGGGCAGGCUCCUCCUCAGCGCUGAGUACUUUCACCCGUGGGGCAUGGCACAGAGCUGAGGGGCAGGCGGGGGAAUUGAGUCUUUACGGAGAGUAAACUUGGGAGGGUGCAAGCUUAACGCUGGUCGUGCCUCCCCCAUCCCCUACCAGUGAUGGGUGCCUAGGGGUGAAUCACACGGGUGAAAGGUUGGGGAGUCCUCUGCUUCAAUGGCCCCAAGGAUCUAAAUCAUCACAAUGGACGAGGGAUUUCGGGAUGUCGCUUAACCUCCGUGGAGCCACCUCCACCCCCACCCCAAUCGUCAUUUAAAACAGGACGCACAGCAGUUGAGUGUUGGAAUUUGCAUCAAUGGGCACUAACCCCAAUCUUGCUUGUCUCACCUCUGACUGAAUUACACUGGACCCUCCUUUGCUUCGUAGCCAGAGGAUUCGAAACCUCAGUGCUGGCUUCAACCGCGCAACGUACAAAACAGCCAGAGAUCAUUGCAUAAAGAUGUGCAGGCAUAAUCUCAGACUCUGUUUCAAAGUCAUGUAUCCUGCCCAUGUUCAUGUAUUAUUUUUAUCAUAUCUCUGUUACAAAUCGCUACAUCCCCCAUUUCGAAUGAGAAUUGCCUAUGUAAACAUGUCACACUGCAGUUGCAUCCCCUGGCCACUGGUGGUGCUACAGGCAGUUUUGCUUAAUAGUGUGGACCUGGGAAUAUAUAAUUGGAUAAAAAUGUGUGUGCAGAUGUAAUUAAUAAUAUAGAUGUAUGUAUAUCAGAAAAUUACUGUUGUCGCAGGGAGAAGGCUUUAACCAUACUGUCAAAUCCAAGUGGAUAGAGGUUCAUGGCUUGAGUCCUAAUAUUUACUUUGCUGCUGAAACAAGUGAAUUAACAUUUUCCUUAUCAGUGCCUCCGCAUCAUCAGAUACUGAACUAAACAAAUCAGAUAGAAGCCUAGUGCUUAGCUUAUGAGUUUCUGUUCACAGAUAUAAAAGCUCCAGUGCAACAAAAUCUAAAGUUGCUAACUCUGGUUGGGUUUAUUCCUAGAGAUUUCACAAACAAAGAAACUAGGAUCAGACCACUCAGCCCUUUGAGUCUGUUUUGUCUUUCAAUAUAAUCAUGGCUAAUCAUUUAAAUCAAUACUGUUCCCUCUUUCUCCCCAAAGCUUUUGAUCCCUUUAGCCCGAAGAACUAUAUCUAACUCUUUCUUGAAAACAUUCAAUGUUUUGACUCAACCACUUUUUCUGGCAUAGAAUUCACAGGCUCGCUAUUCUCUGGCUGAAAAAAACUUCUCACGUGACUUCCUGUGGUUUUAUCAUGUGACUUCCCUGUCUCUAAUAGGUCCACACUGCAACCCAAACCCAACAGCUAAUAAAUCAAAGUUUUCAGAAAAAAGUGAUAAUUUUAUUUUAAAUGGCACUAUGAAGUGGUAUGGUGGCUCAGCGGUUAGCAUUGCUACCUCAUAGUGCCAGGG